GAUGUCCACUAACCCCUACGACGAAGAGCAAAUCGUCACCCUGAUUACAACAUACUACAAUCUUCUCUUCUCACUAUGCUACAUCACCCCUGAAGAGAUCGACUUUCCUCCCCCCUCAGGUCGAGAACUCGACAGAACGCUGUGUCAUAGGUUACAUCUCGCACCAGAGGUUGUAUCGCUUAUGCGGCAUAUACCAUGUCCUGUCAGCGAAGGAGUAAUGCUCGAACACGAAUUACUCGUUCCCCAAAGCCAUGCGAACAGUUUUGUGGAUGGGAAACUUAUCGAGGUGGGAAGGGAUCCGGAAGUGGGUGAGGAUAAGUGGUCUUUGAAGGGCACGGAUGUUGCGCUGAGUGUUAUGGGAGAUGAAGGACGGUAUCUUGUUCUUGAUACUGAUAAAAGUGAAAAUUCUUCUUCGCACUGUCGUGUUUUGAGUCGGUCGCUGAUGAAAGGUCUCUANGAUACGUUGAGAGUUUGUACUUGGGAACCACCGAAUCGUCCCGAGGAUCAAGAUGAAGCAGGGCUGCGGUAUGAUUUCCAUCUUGAUUCUCCAGAUGAUCAUUACACGCGCUUUCCGGUGUAUGAUCCUGUUGAGUAUCUGCAAUCGAUCAUCGACAGGACUUGCAGCUUAGAAUGGCUGCCAAUGCAGGUCCAUGGUCGUGGCGCCAUCUCGACCGACGGUCCAUUGCCACUGACCCACAUCUCUUGUAAAGUACUCGGAAACAAAAGAAUUCUGAUCGAGGAGUACGGGUGGCCGGACAACUUCAAGAGCGAAGAGUGGAAACGCGAUUGCAAGAGGAUUAUACACGAGAAUGUUGAGCAUUCUAGGAUCCUUGAUGAGGAGAGACGAGUCGCAAGGAUCAAGGUGUUUGAGCAAAGUCUCAACGAACGCACCGGCUUGAUGGGUUUAUGCAAUCUGCAA